AGUGGAGAAGAAAUCUCAGAGCAAACUCUCAUCACUCAUCACUACCUUCUCAUACAUAUAUCUAUCUGUCCACCUAUCCCUCGCUACAAAGCUCAAUCAGAUAUGGCUUAAUUAUUCCCAGAGCAUGAUCAGUUUGUUGUAUGCCCUUGUCUUCUCCCUCGUUUUCUCCCUUCAACAAAUCACUGUCACCCCCAAGCUCCACAUUCUUGAGAGUGCCAAAGCAGAAGGUGCAGUUUGCCUCGAUGGCUCUGCACCCGCCUAUGACUGGGAGGUUGCCCAAGGAGAAGAUAACAAAAGGAACUGGCUCGUCUACCUCCAGGGAGGAGGCUGGUGCUUGAACACCACCAUUUAUCAAACGCCUGACAAAUCUAUUCAGAACUGUAGCAGUCGGGCUACCGGCGACCUUGGUUCUUCCAAGAACAUGAACGCCUCUGUUUUCGGGCGUUUUUUCAGCGCUCACUCAAACGAAACUUAUUUUUAUAAGUGGAAUCGGGUGAUCGUUAGGUACUGUGACGGGGGAUCGUUUGCCGGCGACGCCGACAAACCCGACCCCGUCACAAAUCUAUACUACAGAGGGGCUAGGAUCUUUCGGGCUGUCAUCAAAGACCUGAUGACAAAAGGAUUGAAAGAUUCUAGCAAUGUUCUCCUGGCCGGGGGGUCGUCGGGCGGGUUAGGCGUGAUGAUUCACUGCGACCAGUUCCGGCGCAUGUUCUCCGCAAAUGUAAGAGUGAAGUGUCAUGCUGACAGUUCGCUCUUUCUUCACGUGAAAGAUCCCGUCCGGGCAAGAUUCUUCGACACUGUUUUUGGCACCGUGGUGGGGAUGCAGCGUCCCGAGGCUGCAUUACCCUCCCGGUGCACCUCCAAAAAGAGUGCGAAAACGUGUUUCUUCCCACAGAAUCUGCUGCGCUACGUCGAGUCGCCGCUUUUCAUUGUGAAUCCGGCGUUCGAUUCAUUUCAGGUGGCAAACACGUUCUCGAAGGAUUUGCACGACCGGAUCUUGUACCAUAAGGGCGUGAGUCGAAGAGAAAUGGCGCUGCUCCAAGAUUUCAGGCGGCAAAUAAUAGGAGCAUUGCCCCGGGCAAGCGCCACGAAUAACGGAUAUAUAAUCACAUCCAUCUUCGGGCAUAGCUUGGCUUCGGGCAUCGGGUACAAAGGACCCAUGUUUGCUGACCCGAAAUCCAAAUCUUUCGAGAGUGCCUUUCUGGAUUGGUACUUCGACAGGGAGCGCGUACAUCUCAUUGACCCUGCCGAGAAGCCCUUUGCUAGGAAGAACCCAUUAGUGUAAAUCUACCUUAAUGAGUACUUAAUUAAUGUUAUUCCGUAUGUAUUAAGGGUACUGCAUGCGUAUUUACGUACUCCGUAAUGUGUAGUAUUGCACUCGUAGUUAAUUAAUUAAUUAGAUAUGGACUUUCGAUCAUUAACUUCUUCAUUAUUCCCUAUGUAUUAUUUAUUGUGUGUUACGUUCAUCGUUUUAAAUAUGGAGUAAAUGCUAUGGAUGGGA